AAUGGAUUUCCUAUCUAACUACACCAAAAUCCAUGCUCAUGCAUUCUCAAUGGCCAACAUACUAAGUGGAUUUGCAGCUGCUGGUCUUAUUCCUUUUAAACCAGAGAGAGUGCUUGCAAAACUCCAUAUCAAAAUGAAGACACCAACACCACCUUCCUCUCCAAGCAGCAAUCAAUCCUUUUAUUUAGGAAGGACACAGUCUGUAUCCUCAGUGGCUGCAGAGCAGAUACUUGAAAAAGUUAUUAAGAGUGCAGAGAUGGCAAUACGGAAUUUUAUCCUGAGCCUUUAUCCAAGAUGGAGGGAGUUUGACUGGUGAUGAAGGGUUGCAAAGAUUGAGAG